AUGUUGACUGUGAAACGGCCAUCGCCAACCACGGUGCUGUACAAAGUGUCAACUCGCUCAGCAAACAACACAGUCCCAGCACGAGUCCGUCGCACACUCAUCGGACUAGUCAGAAUACUGAUAGGCCUCACUCUACUAUGUAUUCUCAUUGCAAAGGCCCACACAUCAGCCACUCCCCGCUGGAAAAGCCAUACCGACUACGCCUCUACUUUCCUCCCUCCAGCGCUGACCGAACCAUCUACGAGUUCCGCAGCGCGAGUUCCCUGGCUCUACUUGGCUCCUAUCAGUCUGGUUGUAUUUUCUAUCAUCUUCAAGAAGGGAUAUACUACAGAAUCUCUUCUGGUCAUUCGUGGAAUGGGUGUACAGACGACCACGAGCAGUCCGACAUAUCUCAGUACUGCGACUACGAGAUUUAUUCCCACCAACAUGAUUCAGGAUAUCUUCGUGUACGAGGCUUUCAAGGGCUUUGAAGUCAGGUUCUAUUUGGCUAUUGUGGUCGAGGGUGAACAUGAUGUUGUUGUGGUCUUUCCUUAA